AUGGGAGAAAACGCUCCGAAAGGUUUUCUCACCGAUCAGUGUGCAUCAAUAAAAAGGGCUCUAGAGGCCUGUAUGCCAACAACAGUUCACCGGUGGUGUAUUUGGCACAUCAUGAAGAAGAUUCCAAGCAAAUUAAACGGGUACAAGGGACAUGCCGAUAUCGAACAACAAAUGAGCCAUGUUGUUUGGAACUCUCACAGCAAAGACUCAUUCGAUAGGAAUUGGAACGAUUUUCUGGUGAAUGUUGGUCUUGCGGACAACAAGUGGCUUUCAGAUCUGUACGAAGACCGUCACAUAUGGGGAAGUCCAAGCCCAAUUCAGAGGAAAGGCGAAUUGCAUCACCAGAUUAAAGAAUUCCGCUCUAGGCUAUUCAGUAUACGAAGUCGGAGAACAAGUUUCCAGCUCAAUAUUGGACAAGUUCGCGGUUACCUACGACUCAGUUGCAGCCGAGGUAAAAUGCCAAUGCUUAUUAUUCGAGUCGAGAGGGAUACUGUGCCGUCACGCACUAAGCGUGUUAAGCUUCGAACAAGUAAGCCAAGUGUCCCCUAG